GACACAUGCGUUGGUUUCACGUGUGGCAUGGUGACAGUGGGUUUAUUGAUUUAUUGUGAAGUCACAAAUGCGCAAAGCCUUGUGAUUUCUCCGUUUUGCCUCUAAUUGGGCUAUGAGGCAAAGUCGCUCAAUUAAAAUUAAUAUAAAUUAAAGGAAGGCGCCGGAGCGGGAGAAAACACGAUUAAAACUCGACUUUUAAACAGUUGUGUGUGUUUUAUGACUUUCAGGGCUGCAGUGGAAAGUUUUAGAGGCGUUUAAAUGGACUGUUGCUGUAGGAAGUUGGAACAAUGCAAUCAGUAGACAGCCACGUGCUCGCCAAGUUUGUGUCGCCUCAAACAUAAACUGUGAUACAACAGCAACAGUGUGCGCUGUGGGAGUAUUUAUUCUCAACUCGAGGACGGAGAGUUAUUUUUCUCGCAUAUUUGAGCAGAAUGUGUGUGAAAUGUCCUUUUCCCAGAUUUAAGACAGCCCACAGAAACAACCCAGAAACGCUGCACGUGCAGCGGACAUCUGAGUGUGCAGGGCAGCCGGGUUUACUUAAGGUUCACAUUAACGACAAAGUCGUUUUACGUGUUGUUUUUAAUUAAUAUAUUUCACAUUAGGAUACUGUUACUGAUACUGGUGUUAGAGGGUAGGAGGACAUGACUUGCUGUGCGUAACAGGAGGAGGAGUGGACGUUGGCUGGGACGCACCGCUGCCCUGGUGUUUUGAUAGUCGGAAUAAAACAUGACAGUGUUGUUGUUGCUGCCUACCUGGAGCACAUACUUUUUAACACAAUUGACAAAGAUGGCCUUUGCUUCCAUCUGUGUCUCCCUGUCAUCUAGGCAUGGCAUCUGCCAACUUUUUUCUCUGAAUAUGCCUUUGUGAGUCUCUGGCUUCGUCACCCUCGCCGGGAUUCCCCGCAAUAUUUUUCAACAAGAGACGAGAAGGAGAAAAAUCUGCAAAAAUGGACAGAGAUAGUAGUCACGCUCAAUAUGAGCAGGUGGCCGAGAUUGGAGAAGGAGCCUACGGGAAAGUGUACAAGGCGAGGGAUCUGAAGAACGGGGGACGCUUUGUUGCCCUAAAAAGAGUUCGUGUCCUGACGGAGGAAGAGGGUAUGCCUCUAUCAACCAUUCGGGAGGUGGCGGUACUGAGGCAGCUUGAAGCCUUCGAGCACCCCAAUGUCGUCAGGUUGUUUGAUGUGUGUACUGUCUCUCGGACUGACCGAGAAACCAGACUCACUUUGGUGUUUGAGCAUGUGGAUCAGGAUCUGACCACCUACCUGGAGAAGGUCCCUGAGCCCGGGGUACCACCCGAGACCAUUAAGGAUAUGAUGUACCAACUUCUCCAGGGGCUCGACUUCCUGCACUCCCACCGUGUGGUCCACCGUGACCUGAAGCCACAGAACAUCCUGGUCACCAGCGGUGGACAGAUCAAACUGGCCGACUUUGGUCUGGCUCGAAUCUACAGUUUCCAGAUGGCUCUCACCUCUGUGGUGGUGACACUUUGGUACCGAGCCCCAGAAGUGCUCCUGCAGUCCAGUUAUGCCACGCCCGUGGACCUGUGGAGUGUGGGCUGCAUUUUUGCUGAGAUGUUCAGGAGAAGACCGCUGUUUCGAGGGAACUCAGAUGUUGAUCAGCUGGGAAAGAUUUUUGAUGUGGUGGGUGUACCUUCAGUAGAGGACUGGCCCCAGGAGGUGGCCCUGCCACAGAGUGCCUUCAAACCUCGGCCCCCUAAGCCAAUAGAAGACUUGGUUCCGGAUAUGGACGAACAAGGACGUGCUCUCUUAAUGCAAUUCCUUGCCUUCAACCCUUCCAGGCGGAUAUCAGCUUUCGCUGCGCUGAGCCAUCCCUAUUUUCAAAGUGUAGACGUGCACAGUAGGAGUGUGUAUGCAGCGCAGCCUAUUCCCAGCAACAAACCCACAAUGGAGGAAAGGACUGCCUAAUAGUCCUUGUUUAUGUCUCCACAUCCAAUAUAGAGACUCAUUCUCUGAGUUCACUGUGUUCACCGUCUGCUUCAUAACUGUGUUUUUUAUGCUGAUCAACAGAUUAUUAUUAAAUGUCAACGGAAAACAAAUAUAAAAAAUGGAGCUAAUGUCAAAAUCUAGCAGAUGCCAUAGUAGUGGUAAAGUCACUGCCAACAGAAAGCAGACAUUUAACUAACAUUCCUAGAUAAACGGUCAGUUUAGUCUCUGAUUAUUCUGAACGUUUCAGUUUGUGUCACAAAUCAAUAGUUUGUAGAGAAAAAACAUUCCCUCAUUGAAGGAAAAUAGAAAACCUCUCAGGUCAUGCAUUUUAAGACCAUGUUGUGAACAUACGGUGGUUAAGACAUUUGUUUUAACUUCAACAUAAACCUUGUAAUCUUCUAGUCUGUAUAAGGUUUGUAAAAUUUUGCUAACCGUUGGUUAUGAACACAGAAGCAGGACAUUAAAGUGGCAAAUAGUUUUUAAACACGACAGGACAGUGCUCAGAAAAUGAGGCCGUGAACAGUGUCCGGAAGUCUGAUACAACUUUUUUUGUUGUUGUUUUUUUUUUGCUCUUUUUUUUUUGUUGUUUUUCCCAGAACAAUGCACAAAGCUAUCCUCCCUCCAUGAACUGAUGGAUUUUAAUUGCUGCUUUUAGGUGAAAAUGUAAUGAUGGACUGUGUUAACAAUGCAAAGAGACUUGCAUCUCAGACUGUUGUCAGGAUGUGGAGGCUACAGAGGCCUCUUAAUGACCAGUGUUCACCCUUGUAGAUGGAUCCCUCUGGACUGGGGGAUCCAGAUCAGGCAGGAGCGUUUGUGGACGACGUGGAUCUUGUCUGCAUUUUUUUAUUUUUGUUUUAUUUUAUUUUUAUUUUUCAUGGAAGCAGCAUUUGGGCCUGUGACAGUCACGCCAUCACAAGACAUCAGUGCCCUCAACCACUCCUUGCCAUGUUGUGACUUAUCAUUCCACUUAUGUAUGUUUUUCUAUCGCUGCCACCUUGAGGAUGUCUUGGGUAACUGCAGACCAGUAGCGGGAUUCUAAUGGUUUCUGCACUCUUCAAGGGACUCAGACGUCACAGUGGGCUUAUAUCGGUGCUGAGACAAUGAUAAAAGAACCCAAUAGAAACGUUCCUGCCACCCACGUGGUAUCUACGACUCGCUGUUCAGUCUCCAUCAUGGGCUUUAUCAUUAUGAAUUACAAUUACUUUUACUAUUUGAAUGAUACAGUAAUGCACAGGCUUGCAAUAGGUGGAAAAGGUCCCGCCAGCACUACUUAACAUGAAACAUUUGGCGUAGUAUUGUAGGCAACAUUGUGUAUUUAAUAUUAAUUUUAUUGACAAGUCUUAUGUGCUUGUUAUCAUCAAGUUGUUAAUUGAUUUGUUUUAAUGCUGGGUCAUGUAAUAUUCUUACACCAAUUACACCAACUUUUUUAGACUAUAGAAAUUGUGUAAGGAUAGUUUGACAAUGUAAGGAAUGUAUAAAGGAUAGGCAUUGGUACUGUACAGCAUGUAGUGCUAAAUUCAAGCUGCAAUGAUAGCAAACUUUGUGCAUCGUCAGCUCAUAGAAAUGUUGUAACAAUGGAUAGACGUAGAGUAGCAAGUGAGGGUUGGUGAAACGAUGAAUGACGAGAGUAUUUUUCUAAAAUUGUUGGGCGGCUUCUUGUUGGCAAUUGCUUGUUAAAUUUUAAUUGACUUUUGAUGGAGCAUGACUACCAGUUUUACAGUGGUUUUUGUAACAAAGUGAUGCACAGACAUUGAGUGUACAGCUUCUUCUGCUUUAUUUUACAGUUUGUCCUGUUUUGUUCAAAAUCAGUUCUUACCAGCAAGUAGAUAAAAAAGCAAGUUAUGCAGAGUUGUAUUUUUGUAUGUAAUAGUUCUUGCAGAACAGUAACAUAUUUUAACACUGGUUUACGAUUUACAUAACAGGUAGUGCUGCUAGCACACGUACACACACACUCUGUCUUUCUCAGGUUCUUGUUAUGGACGUCCGGAUCUUCUCGGGCACAGUUUGCACAUCCGUGGGCUCCUAACCAACAACACAACUCCUUCAGGUUUUCUUCCAAGCUGUUCAAUGAUCACUCCUUCGAUCGUAGUCUACUGUCAUUCCUGGUAAUUAAAUAUGUUACUGUAGACAUUACUGUUUGAAGAUAACUGCCUGUAUUAACUGUUUUGCCAGAAAUGUUUUAACUGUUAGAUGGCAAACUUGAUGUAGAACCAUGUAUAACUGUUUGCUUGACUAAGCACUGUGUGAAUUUUUGUAUCGAUAAUAACUCAUAUUUGGUGCCAGUGGUGCAUUCAAUGCAAAUCCAAGCUACAAAUAAUUUAGGCGUAGAGGUUUACAAUUUAAAAUAUGACUGCCUUAAGCUUAGUACACUUGAUACAAUCACUGAAAAUGUUUCCUAAUGAGUUAAUCUUUUUUUUUUCUAAAAAAAAAAAAAGCAUUUCAAUCUACUCUAACAUGAAGCUGAAAUCCAUUGUUAAGCUUUGAAGCUGUCACUUGAGAGCUUGAGUCACCGUAGUAAUUCACUUCACACAGGUUCCUCCUGUGUCACAGUUGUUUUAACAUAUUAAAUAGAGAUGAGGAACACCACAAUCAUGGCAUUUUACUCAUGUAUGGAUGCAGGCAUUGGUGUCUUAUUAUUGUGUUGCACCAGUUGAAUAAAAAGCAGCUUUUUAUGAA